AUGUUUGGGCCUUGGAAGGGGGAAAAUAAGCGCUCCAGGAACGAAUGCUUUACAGAUGUCUUAUUGCAUUCAGGUUCAAUACAGAAAAAGGACUCAGAUAGCCGCUCAGCUUUUAAAGUCAAUGUCACGUAUAAUAGCAUUUUAGAUGACGAGGAUGAAGAGGAUGAGGUGGAUAAAAUUAGUAGUUAUGCGAGUUCAGCCCAGACGAAAGAUAGCGCUGUCGAUACUUUGUGUGUGUCUCGAGACGAUACGCAGUUUAGCAGUCUUGUAUGCGAUGACGAAUCCUCACUACAGCAUCAUACCAAGAGACGGAGAGUUGUGAAAAAGAAGAUAGUCAAGGAGAGCUGCCUCGGUGUGGAUGUUCUUCCGGAUUCGUUUCAAAAUUCGUUUCCUUUUCGACAUUUCAACCGAAUGCAAUCAGAGGCAUUUCCUUCGAUCUACGAAAGCGAUGAGAAUUGUGUAGUGUCAUCUCCGACAGGAUCAGGUAAAACUGUCUUGUUUGAGCUCGCUAUUAUGAGAUUGAUGAGGAAUCUAAAUCAAUCGGCAGAAAAUAUCAAGAUCCUGUACAUUGCACCAACAAAGUCACUAUGUUGUGAAAAGUUCAAGAAUUGGAGCCCGACUUUCCUCAAUCUCACGGUUGGGAUGUUGACAAGUGAUACCUCAUUUUUAGAGACUGAGAAAGUCAAGAGGUGCAACAUCAUCAUUACAACCCCGGAAAAGUGGGAUCUGUUGACAAGGAAAUGGAAGGACUAUAGCCGUAUGUUUGAACUUAUUAAACUAGUACUUGUCGAUGAAGUACACAUCUUGAGGGAAAGGCGUGGUGCCACCUUGGAAGUGGUCCUUACAAGAAUGAAUUUGUUAUGUGAUAACAUUCGCAUAAUAGCAGUGAGUGCAACUAUCCCUAACGUUGAGGAUAUCGCAGAAUGGUUGAAGUCAAAGGCAAGUUGUAGCGUGGCAAAAGUUCUUGCCUUCGACGAUUCUUACAGGCAAGUUUCGCUGGAGAGGUGGGUUUAUGGAGUUGCGUUCAACAACAAAAACGAAUUUCAGCACGAUCCCCUUUACAACUUGAAACUACCUGACAUUUUCCGCAAACACAGCAAGCACCGACCCGUGCUGAUCUUUUGUCCUACCAGGGCUUCCACUAUAUCGACCGCAAAAUACGUUGCUCAAAACUGUUACAGCUUCCUACAAGACAGAAAGGAGGGACAGACAUGUCGUUUUGGCGACCAAGCUCUAACAGACUGUUUUCAAAACGGGGUGGCGUUUCACCAUGCUGGUCUCUCGAUGGGGGACAGAGAAAGUGUGGAACAGGGGUUUUUGAAUGGUACAAUUAAAGUGCUGUGUUCAACAUCCACUCUAGCAGUUGGGGUCAAUCUGCCAGCCUACUUAGUCAUAAUAAAAGGCACUCGGAUGUGGAAUGCGUCAGUUGCUCAGGAGUAUACCCAGUUAGACAUCAUGCAAAUGAUCGGGAGGGCUGGGCGUCCCCAAUUUGAGAAGGACGGCUGUGCCGUUAUCCUAACAGAUUCAACAAUGAAAUCAUCUUAUGAGAAAUUGUUGCAUGGCACUGAUCUACUCGAAAGCUCAUUGCAUUUGGAACUAAUCGAACAUUUAGCCGCCGAGAUAUCACUGUCUACCGUGUUCUCCACUCAAAGUGCAGUGACAUGGCUACGGAAUACCUUUUUUUACGUGCGCUUCAAGAAGAAUCCCAUGGCCUACUCUGAGGUGAACAGAUUAGUGAAGGACGGAUUCGAGCAGGAUUCUCAAAUUUUUCGUUUUUCCAAUAAUCUUCUGAACGUUUUGCUUGAAUAUGGUAUUGUCGAGGAACAGAAUCAUUUACUGGCUUCUACGCCAUUUGGUGAUGCAAUGGCACGUCAUUAUGUUCUAUUUGAAAGCAUGAAACUUUUCCUGACAGCCAAGAGCGGAUUAUCUGUUGAAGGUAUUUUGCAUCUUCUUACAAAUGCUAAAGAGUUUGCAGAUAUACGUCUAAGACAGAAGGAGAAAAGAUUGUAUAAAGAGAUCAAUAACUCUCCACUGUUGAAAUAUCCGUAUCGCACUGAAGGAAAGCAGAGCCAAACAGUGACUGCUGCAAAUCAAAAGGUCUCCCUCAUUAUUCAGUAUGAAUUGGGUGGCCUUGAAUUUCCGUCAUAUAACGGUGCUUUUGCUCUACAUCAAUCCAUGGCCCAAGACAAAAUGCUUGUGUUCAGGCACUGUUUUCGCAUAUUGAAAUGCAUAGUGGAUAUUUUCGUCGAGAAGAAAGAUGGUGUCUCAUUAAAGAAUGCUCUAUUUUUGCUUCGGUCUGUAAAUGGGACCUGUUGGGAAGAUUCCGCAAUGGUUCUUCGACAGCUGAAAUCCAUCGGAUUGAUAUCUGUACGCAAGCUUGUACAAAAGGAUAUUCAUACUCUACAGGAGUUCGGUAAUCUUUCAGAUCAACAGAUUGAGUGUUAUUUGGGCUUGAAGAUGGGGAAUGGCUCCAAGAUAAGAAGAGAUGUGGAACUCUUGCCGCAACUGCAACUGCAUUGCAGGAUGGAAGAUUCCAGGGUUGAUCAAUUGAACGCUUACGUGACUUUUAAGGUCGAAAUUAGUGCAAAAUACAGGUCCGCAAUAUGGCACGGUCAAAGCCUGUCGGUUGACGUGGAAGUAUUGAAAGCCACUGGGGAACUCCUGGAUUUUAGGAGAAUAUCAUUGAAACAUUUGAGUUCACCACGCUCCUUCAGAGUUAUUGCUCUCAUCAAUUCAAGAUAUGACGAAAUCGAGUUUACAAUCAAUUGCCUAGAGGUUGCAGGCCUCGGUGAGAAAACAACGGUUUACGCUGAAAAACUGUUGCCCAGCCACUUCCACGCGCCGCCGAUCAACACUGAUGGAAAUGCACGCUCUUCCAUAGAUCUUUUGGACGAGGAUUUCUUAGAGGAUUCGCCAUUGUCUGACGACAGUAUACUACAAUAUCUGGAUGAAAACUCAAAGCAGCCUCGUAGUAAACGUACACCAACUGUUGAAAACCUAGCAACAAAUCGAAGAGUCCGAUCCAACGGCAAUUUCGAGUGUUAUCACACUUGUAAAGACAAAACAAAGUGUAGGCACCUUUGCUGCAAAGAAGGGAUACCACGAGAUUGUCUGCGGGGCAAGAAGUCAACGGAGAACCACAAUAUGCUUCCUACUCAUGAAGUAGGCUGGGAUUACAGCGUUGCCGGCCCGAAAGAUACAAAGGAUGCGAAUGCAUCUCAGCUACCAAAUAGAACGGUUAGAAAUCUGGACAGAGAUGAUCGAUUCGGCAGCUUUCCCCAUAAUCCCCUCAGGGAAGAUGUACCAACUACCAAUACCUAUACUCUCAUGCCUUGUGCUUCAGUGGCUGCAGGCUAUAUUAGGCAUUCACCAUCUCCUCGAAUACUAACACAAAUUGAUGAAGUACAGAAAGUGGACCUGGAAUUUCUAGGCUCUGAUGUCGAACUAUGCUGA